UUCAUUUGAAAGAUGUUCAGUUUGGAAAGAUGCUCGAAAUUCAAAAUUUCAUAGUGUUUUUUCAGAAAAUUCACAGUUUCCUCAGGAGCAACUAUCGUAAAAGUUUCCUAUUUUUCCUGAUCAUCGAAGGCACUACGGCGACGAUCCAAUCGCUAUCGCAAUGGCACCCGGAGCUUCCCGAACAGCUGCUGGAAAAUCUCGAACACUUUCCCCUGGGGGUGGUUUUCGGACUGCUGACCGUUGUUUUGAUUUCCGUUUUUCUGAUCUACGUGCUGAAUAAGGAAUCGAGCCAGAAAAUCCAUCGGCGAUUGCGUCGGUCAAUCCGUAUGAAGUACAUCGACUACAUUCUGUUGUGUUUGAGCACUCAACUGAGGGACGUUACGGAACGUUUUUUGGGUGUUUACUGCGUUGAAGGUGGAGGGCCAACGACGACGACGUCUAUUCCAGAGCAACUGGGAGCGAUGCAGGCGGAAGUUCAGAGUUGUAUCGAACUGUUCCGGGAGCGGGCCCGGAAGCUGUUUGAUGGACCGGAAACAAGAGGAUUCGUAACUACCCAGGAGCUAGAGGAAUACUUCCGAAUUGAGGAAAACGGAAGUCAGGGGCAACACUCGGAAGGACGGGAAAGUUUCGGGGAAGAAAUUUUAAGUUUGAAAAUGAACUCGAAGCCGCUGUUAUCGGAAAAAGCAUUCAGAGAGCUGUUGACACGAUGAUCCAAAUUUUAUAUGAAAAUUUUACAAAUUUUGACUAAUGAAACGGAUUAAUUUUGAUUGCUAAGGCUGCAUCUAAUUGUUUGUUCUAAUAAAAAUUGCAGAAACAAUCACACGCUCCAUAAACGGUAUCGUUUUAUAGUUGGUGCCACUCCGAGCUAAUCUAAGUAAUGGGCAGUUUA